UGUCAGCUUGCCACCAGCUGCCGGCUCGGACACUGCUCGAGCGCAGCCCGAGGCAGGGCACCACAAAGGCCGAGACGUUGGAGGGAUGAUCUUCAGCCUGGCCUGUACACUGGCAGUCUGCCUGUGGAACCGGCUGCAGCACUCGCACACCUUUGCUAGGCUGAAGACAUCCCUGGGGAACAAGAGGUUCAGGGCAGUCCUGGAAAACAAGUUCUUGUUGGUGCUCGUACUGCUUCUGGGAAGACGACCAGGGAGCAUUGAAGAUGGCUUUGGAAGGCAACAUGAGGAAGUCUGAGUGGGCCCUGAAAAGCUUGGAUGCCACCGUUGACAUGACGAGAACUUCCCAGACCUACAAGUGCGGGUGGAACUGGGUCUUCAAUGCUUUGCUGAACAGAAGGUGCACUGAGGAUGGGCCCAAUACCAUCUUGCAGAUGGACGUCUCCCUGGGCAAGCGCUGGUGCUUCCAUGGGCGUUCUGGCCAGGUGGUCAUCAGGCUGCCAGCCCGAGUCCACCUGACUGCCAUCGCUGUGCAGCACGUCGCUGAGGAAGGCUUGCUGUUUGUGGCUGCCAGCAGUGCUCCCAGAUCCAUGGCUGUCUAUGGACUGGAUGCUGAUGGAGAUGAGGGAACUUGUCUCGGUUUUUUCACGUACGAUGUGGAAAAAGAAGCCAUUCAGCCCUUGCCUCUGAAGAACACGCUGCACCCCAGAGCCUUUUCUUACAUCAAAGUGCUUGUACUGGACAACUGGGGAAACUCAGAGUACACCUGCUUUUCUCGAGUGUGGGUCCACGGGAAGAUGGCAAAACCGGAGAGCCCGUUGUGAAAGCCGAGAGUCCAAAUGUUGUUGGGUUUGGGGGAGACAUUUUUUCUUUUUUGAUGGUCUCAGUAGUCCCUAGUGGUUGUUGAAAAGCUGUCUUGCAGGUGUCUUGAGCCCUUUCCGUGAACUCUCAGUUCCUUCUUCCAAGUACGGUCUUUGCCUUAGGUCCCCUGUUUGUAGAGCUCUCGGGUUUCUUAUCUUGGUCUUGUUGGGUCACCUGCACACCCUUCCCCUGGCUCUGAGUUGGGCCCCCCUCCGUCUCAGGCCGGGCCAACCUGGCACCUCUGCGACUACUGUUUGAGAAGGGAAGUCUGCAACCCCUGCAAAGCACGAAGUGUGCCAGUGGCUCUGAAACGCCCUCACAGCCCCGGGAGGACCCCACAGCGGAGGCCCCGCGCCACGUGUGGAGGCUGCUGGAGCCGGCCGUGCUGGGCCGGGGGCCGGCCGCGGAGCAGACCCACGCGGGAGCCGGCUCUGAGGCGCUGCAGCCCUCGGGACGGACACAUGUCUGGCUGACGUGUGAGGAGCCCGGCGCUGGGGCAGGGGAACUGCGAGGAGCCCCCUGCGCGGAGGUGAGACAAGAGGCAGGAGCCAUCGGGGAAGGACUGACUGCAAGUCCCUUUCCCUGCCUCCCUGUGCUGCUGAGGGCAGCAGGGAAGCAGAGCUACGGGGACCAAGUGUCUGAGACCAGGAAGAGAGGAUGGAUGGGGGAAAGACUGUCUGAAGGGACUGAUCCUGCUCUUCCUCAUCAUCCUCCUUUGUUUUGCGUCUGUUAAUUACUUUUUUGGUUG